GGUAUGAGUGGAGGAGCUGUGCUGACUGGUUGCGCACGGUGACGACGAACCCCCGACGCGUUUGUUGAGAGGAGCGAGAUUCGGUUUCGUUGAGCGAAGCGAACUUCGGUUGUGACGACGAGACGCUGUAUCUGACAUUUGAAGAACUUCGUUAGAGAGGGGUACUGGUCGCGAUUCCAGAGGCGGGAAGUCGAGUGAGAUCUUGAGGGAGAGAGGUGUCAUCUUCUUUCUCUGCGCUGUCCGCAGUGGUCGGGCAAGUAAGACGAGGAGGUUCACGAGGAGGAGGGAGCAGAUAUCGAGUUUUCCAAGGUCGAUUUGCGCACUUGGCCGAGCUCAGAGAGAGAGAGAGAGAGAGAGAGAGAGAGAGAGAGAGAGAGAGAGAGGAGGAGGAAGGAGCAGAUAUCGAGUUUUCUGAGGUCGAUUUGCGCACUGAAAUUGGCCGAGCUCGUCGAGAGAGAGAGAGAGAGAGAGAGAGAGAGCGAACGCGGAGUUGUGUGUUGCAGACGUUUUAUAGGGGUUCAAACGCAUCGGAGGUAGGAGCUGUUUGUCUGACCAUGGCGAAGCCGGCAUUGGGACUUGUGAAUUCGGUAUCUCUCCGACCCUGUGUCGAUUUUCUCCCGGCAUUAACCGGGGCGCGGAGGUUAAGUACCUCGAUCCCUCGAAGGGUGGCAUCAAUCAGCGAAGGAAGAGCAUGUCUCCCAGAGAAGAAGAGCGAGGGCAGCUGUCCUCGUACUGCCGCCGCAUCGCUGUGCAAUCUCUCGGCAGCUGUCAGCAGGGGAGUUGAGCGAUCGAGGUGGUUGGGUGGAACACGUGGCGUAUACUCGGGUGUUGUUGGCUCUGAUGGCUCCACGGAUGCUCUGGGCCGCUGGCCAGGAUUGUCCCUUGGAAGGGCAGACAGGGGUUUAAGCACAAUAUCGAUGCAGGCGAGAGCAGAGAGGAGGGAAGGUGAUGUGGGUGGAGAAUCGCAAGUGGAUGUGAGAAGAAACAGUAACGCGAUGACAAGUGGCAGGCCUGGGCGUCGUGGGAUGAUGCGCGGCGGGGAUCGAUCUACAGCGCUCAGCACUGUCCCAAGGUCCCCUCUCGAUAUGUGGGGUUCGCCAGAAGCUUCUAUUCGCCAAAUGAUGGACAUGGUAGACAGAUUCGAUCGGCUUACUGACGAUGCUCUUUUCUCGCCGUCGAGGGUGUUCGGUAAUAUGAUGAGGGACAACAUUCGAGGAGCGACACGAGUCCCGAUGGAGUUCCAGGAAAUGGACCACGCUUUCCUCGUUAGAAUGGAUAUGCCGGGAAUUAGCAAGGAUGAGCUGUCAGUCCAGGUGGAGGACGGGGAUACGCUGAUCGUCAGCGGGGAACACAAGGCGGAAGAGGGGGCAGGAGAGGGUGAUACGCACAGAAUAAGAAGUGCAGCCAGCUAUCGCACAAGAAUCUUGCUUCCUGACAAUGUGAAGACUGACGAAAUUAAGGCGGAAUUUAAGGACGGGGUGUUGCACCUCGUUAUCCCAAAGAAAGAGGCGGAAAGGAAAGUCGUUGACGUCCACAUUGGGUAGUAGGCGAAAGAUUUACGACGUCCACCGACCUCAUAUGUGUGAGUAUGUGUAAUAUGUGCACGUGUGUGCGUGUGUGUGGGUGUGUGACAUCACACACACACACACGCACACAGCGUGUGUGUGUGUGAGAGAGAGAGAGAGAGAGAGAUGUAGGAGGUUGACGAUGGUGUCACACACAGAGAGAGAGAGAGAGAGAGAGAGAAAGAAGGUUGACGAUGAAGGUGGUGAGACUGCUAACGAAAGUGGAGACGCGACGUAUGGAGUGCGUUGCUUCAUUUGUGGAGCUGGUGAGUUGUUCGUGUUUUCCUUUCGUUUAAGAAUCGAAGUCGACUGAAGUCACUGAAGAGAAUUUGUAAUCGUGCUGUUUGUUCAUUUUUAGAUCGAUGUAGAGUGGAGUGGGAUUUGUAAUGAGAUAUGAGUCCCAAUAAUGGCGGACGAGGAUCUAGGGCGUCCUCGGAUAGAAUGACCGGAUACGAAUGUAGGAGGAGAGCCUGGUGAAGCCUGCUAUCUGUCAUCAACGUGUUGCAUGUGUAUGACGAGGUUUUGCUUUGCUUAAGUUUGCUAGAACAGUGUGACGAGUGCCAAUAAUGCAGGACGAGUAUGUAGGGCGUCCUCUGCUAGAAGGACCAGAUUCGUGGCGUCCUCGGAUAUAAGGACCAGAUUCGUGGUACAAAUGCCGGAGGAGAGCCUGGUGAAGCCUGUAUCUGUCAUCCACGUGUUGCAUGUGAAUGGCCUGUUUCACGGUUGAGAGCCUGGUGAAGCCUGCUAUCUGUCAUCCACGUGUUGCAUGUGAAUGGCCAGUUUCAUGCUGGAGAGCCGGGUGAAGCGUGCUAUCUGUCAUCCACGUGUUGCAUGUGAAUGGCCAGUUUCAUGCUUUGCGUAAGUUUGCUACAACAGUGUGAAGAAGCUGGUGGGGCGGCAUGGCUGUGAGACACGUGGAGAAGAGACUCUUGGGGACUCAGCCGGGAGGCGUUAGCGGCUGAAGACCUUGUCUGCCGCCGUGCGUGGCCAACGGUCUAAUCCUGAAACGUAGGAGGGGGAUGAAAGGAGCAUAAACGGAAGGCGAUGGGCGAGCGAACGUGGUAUUUUUGCCCUUAAACGAGCGAUUGUGGGGGAUUAGAUGGAAUAUAAACGGAAGGCGAUGGGCGAGAGAGCGUGACACUUAGUUUUGCACUAAAGCGAACAAUCCUGUAGGAAUAAUGAAGAGAAAUUAAGUAGCAGCUGCAUCAGUACGAGAGUACAACAGGCUUAAACGGUUCCGAAUGUUUAGUCUGUUGGUUUUAAAUUGCGAUCAUGGUAAUCUUCCUGUUUGUUUGGCAGCGGUGUGAUUUGGCAGCGGUGUGAUUGCUGCGGUGUAUAUUUGCUGACAGUGUUGUGACAAUAAGCUGAGCUUUGAGGACGAGGAAUUUGUCAGGCGGAUGACAGUGUAGUAUGAUUGUUCAGAUUGGCUAGAGCAGGCCAUGGUGAAUGUGGCUGGUGACGCCUGUGCUGUCUUGAUUCUAGCUUGGAACUACAAUCGUGUGGGUAUAAUGCCUUGUUCUGGAGGCUGGUUAAGCCUGUGUUGUAGCUUGCAAUCACAAUCAUGCUGUGUUAAUGCCUUGUUCUGGAGGCUGGUGAGGCUUGUUCUCCAGAUGGUAAUCUUAUAGUUCCAUUUUUUUUCUUUUAACGACUUGAGCGACUGUACCUGCUGGGUGUUGUCGUGACGUAUCUUGGAAGCGGUGUGCCUGUGCUGUCUUGAUUGUAGCUUGGAACUGCAAUCAUGUCGGCAUAAUGCCUUGUUCUGGAUGGAGGCAGGCUGGGGAAGCGUGUGUUGCCGUAUCUUGUUGAUCGGUGGAUUUUCAGGCAUGGUGAAUGUGGAUGGUGACGCCUGUGCUGUCUUGAUUGUAGCUUUUGGAACUACCAUCAUGUGGGUAUAAUGCCUGGAAUUGUC